UAUUGCCCACAUUGAGCCAUUUCAGAGAGUCUGUGUGGGAUUCCUUGUCAUCUCAUUAUUCCAAAUAUGGACGGACCAUAGUGUAGUUUUUAAAGAAAAUAGUGAGAUUUGCAAUGAAUUAUCAUUGUAAUAUUUCAUAUAAAGAUAUAAAUGGCUUUUUUCAUUUCAUAAACAUUUGAGUAAUUUUAUCAAAAUUAUCUUGGGAAGAUUAUCAAAGGGAAGACACAAGAAUGUUUGAACACAGAAUAAGCAAUCUGUUUCUUUUUUGGAAAGUAGCCUGUGAUGUAAAAAAAGAAGUUCCAGGACCCUGGAGAAAGUAUUACCCUCUAGAAAAUUCAAUCCUUUCAAUAGGCGUUUCAUGAACACUGCCAACAGAAUAUUGUGUACAAGUUUGAACUUGACAGCUUCCCAUAUGAAGCUUCCAAGUCAGUAGAAUCUUGUUUUCAAAGCGGAUACUUCAAAUGAAAGUCACUACGAAAAUUUCAAUUCUUCAUAAAUUGUUACAUUCAUACAUUUUUUUAAAUCAAUGUGCUCACCCCGAUCCUGUUGAUGAGACAUAUAUCUUGACAGGAAUAAUAAUACAUAAUAUUUAUUUAACAGAGACAAAAAAUGUUGAAACAUCUGAAAUUAUUUAUGAUAAAAUUAAUUAACAAACUAACGAGUUGAAACUUUUGAAUCGCUCCCUCUUUUGUAAAAUAGCAUCCGUCAGUUAAUUUAAUUAUCAAUCAAAAUGACGGAUGAAGAGGUGGUGGAGAAUGGUCAACAUUGUGAAGAUUUGGAAAAGAAAUGGCCUCAAAUUCUUGCAAUUGUACUAGCAUGUCUUGCACCGUUGACCAAUGGGCUUCAACUAGCUUGGACUUCACCAUUCAUUCCAAAAAUAACCAAAGACAAGGAACAUUACGAUAUAUCAGAAGAAGAAGCAUCAUACCUCACAAUUAUUCAGCCUAUUGCAAUGAUCCUAACUUCCCCCUUUUCUUCAAAAUUAUGCGACAUUAUUGGGAGGAAGAGAACGCUGAUGCUGAUAACACUGCCACACACAAUGAGUUGGAUUUUGGCAGCAGUUGCUACAGACAUAUAUACUUUUUAUGGUUCUAAGAUUUGCUCGGGAAUGGCAAGUGGAAUAGCUUUUGCUGCUUUACCUAUGUAUAUAGGGGAAGUGUCUUGUCCUGAAGUGCGAGGAACUUGGGGAAAUCUGUUUUCUUCGGCAAUAUAUCUAGGAGAAUUUGUAAUGGCUAUACUCGGCAGUUAUUUCAAUGUUGAAGAAACAUCUUACAUAUGUAUUUCAAUCCCUAUUUUAUUUAGCAUACUUUUUUCUUUCAUGCCCGAAUCGCCUUACUUUUAUAUAAUGAAAGAAAAACCUGAUUAUGCUAAAACUUCUUUACGAUUCUUCAAACGGAAGGUAAACAUAGAUCAUGAUUUUAUGUUGCUGCAGAAUGAUGUAACAAGACAAAUGUCGGAAUCUGCAGAAUGGAUAGAUUUCAUUAAAAUUGAAAGUAAUAGAAAAGCACUUUCAGCAGCAAUAUUCUUGAGAACUUCCCAAGUAUUUGGAGGAUUGACACUCUUUAUUGUUUACAUUCAAUUCAUUUUUGAGAAAUCUGGUGGCAAUGUAAGUCCGGAAUUAUCAUCAAUGAUAUAUACAGGUCUGAGUUUUGUCUUGAAUAUUUUUGUUGUUAUAUUUGUCGUGGAUAGACUGGAGAGAAAGAGUGCUUAUAUAUGUUCAAUUGGUCCUUGCUCUGUAAUCCUCCUUUUGGUUUCGGCAUAUUUCUAUGUUGAUAGAUACUAUCCUGACACAGUUGGUACUUCCUUUAAAUGGGUACCAAUUACAGGAAUGAUAUCUUACAUGAUAUUUGCAUCUUUUGGGGUGGCAGUCAUUCCUACAUUGAUGCUUGGUGAACUGUUUUCUACCAGUGUCAAAUCUAAAGCAAUGACGAUAAUGUCAAUAAUUUUUGGGAUGCUUUCAUGCGUCACUUACUAUAUUUUUCAUUUCUUAUAUUUUUCUAUUGGACUCUAUGCGCCGUUUUUAUUCCUUGGAUGCUGCAAUGCCAUUUCAACAGUGCUCUCACAUUUUUUAAUACCAGAAACGAAAGGUAAAACUCUUGAGGAAAUUCAACAAGCUCUCAAAAAUAAGAGUUUCAAUGUUGUAAACCGAGUUGUUUGAUUAAAUAAGUUAUGGCUAUCGUUCAGAGGAACAUCAUUGUAUUGAAGAUUUUUACACUUGCACUUAGACUAUGUAUCUGUUUUUCAAUUUCAGUUUUACAACUUGAAAAAUCUAAAGAAUAUUACUGGAGUUUUAUCCUAACAUGAAGCCA